AUGACAUGCUUUGUUCCUGACGAGGAUGUACCGUUGAAAGCCAAUGGUUCCUUGAACUCAAAACAUCUACGAAUAGAUUAUGAACAAUAUAAAAAAGUUCCUAGGGAAAGUGACUAUGAUGCAGAGAUGUCUCGAAUCCUGCAUAAUUGGUUAGCAAAGGUACACGGUUUUGAAAUAACUAGCCAAUGGCACUUGGAAGAGUCGUUAACGAUGGGAAUUACCAUCACUAUUAUAGUGAUUUGGUAA